AUGCGGUACUCCGAGGGCGACCUCCCAAUCCUCAACGCUGAGGUUUAUCACGAAAGCCCCGCCUUCGGCUCGCCGAGGCGACUAGCGCAGUCACGGAAGAAGCAGGCGUCUUCCUCGCUACCCCGCGGCUCCGAGGAAGGCCCACGGAAACGAGCCCGAACUCAGGCCGUGGGAGUUCCUGGUCAUGGCGAUGAGACAAAGAGAGCAAGAGGCCGUCCCCGUAUAGACACCAGGGACGAGAUUGCCGCUGAUACGCUGGAGAAGAAGGUCCGGACCCUCAAGUACGCCAACGAGGAGAUGAGCAACGCCUUCAUGCAGCUCCACGACUUCGCAUUAAGCAGUGGAUUGCUCGACAGACUACCCGACUUUGGCCACCAGCUACGUCAAACGACUGAGAGGUUCCUCUCGCUUGCUCGAGAAGUAAGCGAUGACGAUGCAGAUGAUGACCAGCGGAAUGGAAUUGCCAGCCAGACGAGGAGGGAGCCGAAUAGCCAUCGUGCUCAGCCUGGUUCCCCACGACAACCCGACGCCGUGGCAUCGUCGCUGUCGGCGACAAGCUCGCCAGAGUCCGCUGCUGAAGGGGGUCCAGUCGCCCUUUUCGGAGAGCCGAACAUCCCCUUAAACACGGUUACCCAGGCGGACCUCACUCCGCCACUUACACUCGCCCAACAACAACAACAACAGCAACAACAACAACAACAACCCCUUUUGGCCCUCCCACCGCCUGAAGAGCCCCCGAAUUUUGCCUAUGAAAUCCUCACCCAGCCCACCUUAGAAAAUGCGAGCUUUCCCUUCCAGCCCGCGCCCUUCGCGUGCUCUUCCCACGAUCUCUCGCUCCCGCCCCUCAUCGAAUCCCCGCCAGUUCCCCAAACCUACACCAACCUCGAAGCCACCUUUGGCCGGCGCCUGCAACGCUACUCGCUCGAGCAAGUUCUCGCCUUGCUGAGCAUGCCCGACCCGCCCCAGCGCCUCGUCAAGCGCAUCUUCGGCUUCUGCCUGCUGCUCGAGUCCACCGAGACCAUCCGGCGCCGCCUGCGACGCAUGCUCCUUCGCGAGCCCCAACAGUCGCUUUUCAACUGGCAGUACCCUUUCUUCCAUCUCGGCGGCGCCGGCACCCACUUUGAUGUUUCCGCGUCCUCGUUCUCGAUUCCCACCACCACCACCACCACCACCACAUCGUCCUCCUCCUCCGCCCCCGCCCCCGCCCCCGCCCCCUCCUCUUCCUCUCUCCCCACGACGACCGCGCCCGGAAAGCCGCACAGGGUCGGCAACCAGGGCACGGUGGACGUGCUUAAACCCCAGGAGACGGCCGGCUUCGCGAUGGGCCCGUUCUCGGCCGAGGUCAACUCCGUGCGGGACCAGGAGCUGGACGAGGACAUGCGCAUUAUCCUGGACGGGUUUGCCGGCGAGUAUUACGACUGCGACGAGGCCGAGCUGUAUCUGUACCAGCGCGGCGUGGUCAUCCCGCCCGGGGCAGACCUCGUGACGGUCGACGUAGACCUGUCGCAGAUGGAGAGCUACAAGGAACGCGGGUGGCGCGUGGAGACGUCCCGGGGUCUGCUUUUGGAUGGAACCAGCAGCCCCGGGAGCGGCCGUUCGCUGGCCCAGCAAGGGGCGGGCGCCCGGUCGUGGUCGAUGGGCGACGGUGGUGGCAUGGCUGAGCCGGCUCUGGCGAGCGUGUUCCCUCCAGGAGAUUCCUUUUUACCGGCCACGACCGUGGCUGAGUCUUUGGCGGCCCGUAGAGGCGAUAUGCUUCCUUUCGGAUUCCUGCCACCGAGCGAGUUGGGGGAUUCUUCUGGGUACCUUCCGAACUGUCAGCGAGUGGUGGUGGAAGUGAUGACACUUUUGAGACAAAUCACCAAGCGCGGGAUAUGUCUGGGCCGAACACCCGGGUUCAAGGCGUGUGACAUUGAUGAUGCGUUUUGGGAGUCGGUAAAGGCUAGCUUGAUGUAAGCGCUGGAAGGGUGGAAAGACGGGAUUCCCAGGUUGUACGCGUCAUUGAGAUGCUUCCAUUUUUCAGUUAAUUUUGUCACCGCCACCUCUGCAGUGAGAGGGAGGGGAUUGUUUUGAAACGUGUACAUCCGCGGUGUUUGCUUCAUCCGCACCACUCUCCACUUCCGGGACAACAGUUUGUGGCUCAUUCCUCUAAACUGAUGCACCAUGAAUCUUCAAUAGAAUGGAUUCCUAGGACCC